ACGGCCGCACACAAACACAACACACGCACACAGGCAUCGACUGCCCAAAGAGUGACACUUCGUAACACUACAAUGACAUUAAAGUGUAUUUACAGCUGUUUUUAAGUUUAUUUACUUUCAAAAUUACCUAAGUUUAAUUGAAGGAGUGUUAAUAAAUAAAUCAAAAUGGUUUCGGUGAUGGCGGCUUUGGCCAUUUCGAUGGUUUUCGUCGGAUGUUGCUCCAACGUCGUUUUCUUAGAGUUGGUGGUCAAAGAAGACCCGGGGGCGGGAAAUCUAGUCACGUUCCUACAGUUUCUCUUUAUAGCAGUUAUUGGAUUUUGCACCGUCGGCAAAUUCGGAACAGCCAAGAGAAACAUACCUUUCAAACAGUACCUUUUACUAGUCGGAUUCUUUUGGACAAGCAGUGUGGCUAAUAACUACGCCUUCGACUUUAACAUAGCUAUGCCACUGCACAUGAUAUUCAGAGCCGGGUCACUGAUGGCCAAUAUGGCUAUGGGAGUGUGGAUAUUGAAGAAACAGUACCCCCCUCUGAAAUACUUAGCCGUGUUCAUGAUCUCCGCCGGAAUAGCGGUAUGCACGAUCCAAUCCAGUGGUGACGUCAAGGCCCAGAGAGAAACCUCAACAGAUGCGGUAGAGGAAGAACGACUCAAGUUCAUUGAUUGGCUGUGGUGGUGCCUCGGCAUUGCCAUCCUGACCUUUGCGCUCUUCGUCUCAGCCAGAAUGGGCAUAUUCCAAGAGUCCUUGUACUCAAAGUACGGCAAGCACCCUUGGGAAGCGUUAUACUACACUCAUUUACUGCCACUUGUGUUUUGGUUGCCGACGGCGCCUAAUUUACUUGGCCACCUGAGUUUAGCCAAAGAGACCCCUAUGAUGGAGGUGUUUGGGGUGAGUCUGCCGCGGCAGGUGGUCUGGCUGAUCCUUUACGUGGUGACACAGGGAUUAUGCAUCAGUGCCGUGUAUGUUUUAACAACGGAAUGCGCGUCGCUGACGGUGACCCUGACGGUGACACUGAGGAAGUUUGUGUCACUGAUAUUCUCGAUCGUUUACUUCAAGAACCCGUUCACUCUGGGCCACUGGUUGGGAACGCUGCUCGUGUUUAUUGGGACAUUGAUUUUCACGGAGAUCCUUCAGAAGUGCGUCGCACUGGUGCAACCGAGCCAAAAGGCAGUUGAAAAGAAGAAGAAAUAAGGAUUGAAUGUGAUGUGAACCGCGGAUUUUAAGAACAAUUUUAGCCCGUUGUACCUAUUAUGUUUUUGUUGGUCAUGCCUGUUGUUCUGUUACAUUUGUUUGUCAUGAUGACUCUGCUGAUAUGUGUGAUUAAGUGAAUGCCGUUAAUAAUGCUAUACAUUAUAUAUAUAUUUUUAUUUAAAAUAUGUUAAAAAAAGAACAAAUAUACUUAGUUAAAUUUAUAUAGAAUACAAUUUUGAGAAAUUAACACAAUGUAUUAAUAGUAUAGUUACAUAGCCAGUCCACAAAUGUACAGUACAUUUUUAAUGUCAUUCAUAAGCUAAAUUAUAAAAAAUAAUGAUGUUUUUUUUAAUAAAAAAAAUGGUAACGGUGCAGCAAAUUUUCGAUGUGGGAAAGGUAGUAAUGUAAUAUUAUCACAAACAAAAGUUAAUUUAUUUAUAUCAAUUAACCAUUACCUAAGGCAAGCUGAAUGUUAAAUAUUCAGAAUAAAUGAGAGUCCAUAUUUAUAAUUGAUUCAAAAUUUUAUUUUUGAUAUUUUAAUAAUUUAUAUUUUCAAAAAUCUUUAUGCUCUUACUAGAUUAAACUUCAUAAAAACUGGUUAACUUGAAUGAUGAUGAUGAUUAAUUAUAACGAUAACUUGAAUGAUGAUUACUAAAUUAUAUGCAGUGUUUUGCUAUAAUACCUAUGUAUAAUAAUUAUAAUGAUUGAUGAUAAAUGACAAAUGACGACACCUCAUUUAUAAUUGUAUACUUGUAUAGUAAGUACUUAUUACAAUACACAAUGGUUUUAAAUGACAAUAAUUUUAGUUGCACCUAAACAAUAAUUGAUUGCACCGCUUAUAAAUAUUGGGCUGUGAGAUUAAUCAAUAUUUUAAGUUUUUUUAUACUUACCUACUACACAGUUGGCUUCUUUAUUAUGUAAAUAAUUUGGACCAUGUCAAAAAACAGUAUUUUGACAAAGAGCUAUAACAUUGUUACAAACCCAAGGUUCUGCAUAGUAAUUACGAAGUCAAGAAUUUUGCCAUAAGUAUUUAAAUACAAAAACAUGAUUUAUUAUAACUAAUAAGACAUAAGUAUAAAUGUUUUGAGUUACUUAAUACCACAUGCUAUGUUAAUUAAUGCUUACGAUUAUAUACCUAAUUUUAUUUAAUACAAUAACCCAGCAUCUCAAUUGAAUAAAUGAAAACCUUACAAGAA